CAUCUGAGGGAUUACUGGACACUUCAUUUAUGAGCCUGUGUCAUGGUGAUAUCCCCCAUGAUCAUCUCUUGUUGACAGGAGCCUCUCUGUUUCUAGGAUUUCCCUGUCAUCAAAGUUUGUUUUCUAAGCAGAGUUUGUGAAUGAAGUGCACGGAAGCAGGAAACAUGUCAAACGGAGAUAUCAGUCACCUGUUGAGGGGAGUCUGGCUGAUGUGGCUGUGGCAAGCUGUGUUUGUGGCUGGAACUGGGAGUAAACAAUGGGAGGUGCCGACAGCCUCCUUCACUUCCUCCUUCAACCUCAGUGAGAUCCUGCAGUGGGAGCCCCACUGUCAGUACCACCACCUACAGGACAAAAGGAGAAUCUCAGCAGAAAUCCCGCCAAGACUGGACGGCACCUGGGUGUCCACAAGAUGUGAAGUUCGGCCCGGCCCAGAGUUCCUCACCCGCUCCUACACCUUUCACCCCAGUCGUCACUUCAAGGCCCUGCAGCAUUAUUACACUGACAGCAGCUGCGAGGACCCGGCCUACUCCCUCAUGAUCAGGGGAAAGUUCCGUCUGCGUCAGGCCUCCUGGAUCACCCAAGGAGGAACUGAAGCUGAACACCACCUCAGCAAGGUGGGCAUCGUGGUCCACAGCCUGGCAGCCAAGCAGAGGCUGGCCUCCAGGCUGCCUUCGACCUGCGUGGGUCUGAUCCUGGGCCAAGUGGUGCCGGGGAAGCUGUAUGAUCUGUACAACACACGGACAGGGAGGGGAUGUCUGGCAGCACUGGGCUUCUCCAUGAUGGAGAUGGGUCUGAUAAGGGUUGAGACUCAGCACCACAACCAUGGAGGGAAGGUCCAGGAGCUGUUCUUAGGAGAUAUCCACACUGAGUGGGCACAGAGAACGCAGCACAGACCAACAGGGUACCAGCAGCCACUCCAGAACGCCAUGCAUCACCUCCACCCCUGCCCUCUGUGCGCUCUAGUCUACCGCUCCUCGGAGCAGCGCCCGCCAGUGUUGCCUCACAGCCCUGCAGCCACUCAAUCUCUGGCUGGACACUGGGUCAGCCAACGCUGUGAAACCCGUCCAACCGUCCUUUUCCUCACCCGAGACUUCACCUUUGAUCCUGACCAGCAUGCAUGGGAAGGCAUCUACCGGCACUACUUGGACCCUGCCUGCUCUCGGCCCACGUUCACCCUGAGGGCCUCUGGCCACUAUGCUCAGGGAAGCCCCUCCGCUAAAGUUGCGGGAGCCUCUGAGUUUGUCUUCAAGGUCACCCAGGUGAGGGUUAGAGCCAUGGACAAGCCCACAGCCAAGUUGCUGAAUGGGACAAGGCCAGGAAAAUGUGGUCGACCAGGAGGCUGGAAGGUCGGAGCGGAACACGACGUGACUCCAACAGAUGGGUGCACGGUGCUGGGCAUCAAACUGCCACAUAAGGAGUUUGAGCUUUUCAAGACUGAGCUGGACCACAAGAAACAUCCCCUGCUGUUCAUUGGAGAAAGGCCGACUGACGGGUCAAGUCCAGACCACCCACAGAGGAGGCCCACUUCCUUUCAAGCUCCCAUGGUGCUUUGCAGUGGGGGGGAGACUCAGCCUUUGCAUCACUAUGGAUCAGUUUUCAACAGCAAACAGGUCCAAUUAGCAGCAAGUGGGACAGAGAGGCUGACACAGUUGGUGCUACUGGCGUUUGGAUCUGCACUGUGUAGCUUAUUCUGUGUUUAUUAGAGACAUUGUUCACAAAUCAAGUCUGUUACACAGCUGGAGUCAUUGAUGGGCAUUGUCUUCUGGCAGCUUUCCUUCAUUCUUCUUCUAUAGGAUGAUGACCAGAAAAAUCACGAGACAUUUGAUAAUACAAAGCAAGGUCCCUGUGGUGAAAUGUAGACCAGCUAUUUCUGCAUCAAAUGAAAACCAUAGACAUCCCAAUAGACUUUACACCAAGAUGCAGUAUAACUGAAGCACUUUGUACAGAUUUUUUUAAACCAACUUACUGGAAAGAAGAAAAGCCAGAAAGUUGAAAGUGUUUUAUCAGUACUCUAAACAACUACCACCUUCAUUGGUGUAAUGCCACUGUGGAGUGAAAUGCUUCUUUAUCUCUAUCCUCUUUCAAAGCUCAUGCAUUAGUCUGCUUUUCUACCAAUCAGUGUAAACAAGUCAAAGGAGUAUUUAUUUUAACCUUUUAUACUGUACUUUCUCACAAAAAAAGAUGGUCUAAUAUUUUUACUUAG